UUUCUUUCGUGUCACAGCCCUUCUCUUUCUAGUAUACCAUGUUUGCCGUCCUCCGCCAACGAAUCAUUUCUACCAAACAAGGUAAAGCUUUCACUAAUAAGACAAGGAAACAAAAACGAGACUGACAGUGGUUUCAUGCCAUCUAGUACGCAGCUUUAGCUCUACCGGAAGAAGCAACUUACGAUUCAUCUUUCUCGUACAUGACCAGACCGACAAAGAUGCUCUGAGCCGCAGAAUGGCUGUUAGACAAAAGCAUUUAGAAAUUGCUUUGCCGGACAAGCGAUCUGGUUAUAUUGUGACAGGUGGAGCCAUUCUGGAUUCUCACGACUCAAAGAACAUGAUUGGUAGCUCUAUGGUGAUAGAAGGCAAUAGUGAGAAGGAAGUUUGGGAUCGUCUCCAAAGCGAUAUCUAUUGCACUGGUAAUGUCUGGGACAUGAGAACAGCUCAACUGAUCCCUAUAGUUGAUGGCUUCAAAGAUCUUAAAUAAAGCUUAGUAACUGUACGUGUAUAUCGUACAUUAUGGUUAGCAACAAUAAAUCGAGUAUUACCAAAUGGCUGUACUUCCAUCGCAUGCAAGUGACUGCUCAAAGUAAAGUGAAGGG